AGCUAGUCUGCGUGCGUGAGUGGGAGGCGGCGGGCCUGCGACUCUGGCCUUCCCGGCUGACUGCUCCGACGCCGCAGCUCCAGUCAUGAACCGGUUCGGCACCCGGUUGUUGGGAGCCACGGCGACCCAGCCGCCGCCGCCGAAAGCCCGCAGCAAUGAGAACCUCGACAAAAUCGACAUGUCUCUGGAUGAUAUCAUUAAACUGAAUAGAAAAGAAGGAAAGAAGCAAAAUUUUCCAAGACUAAAUAGAAGACUUCAGCAAAAUGGUACUCGGCAAUUCAGGAUGAGAGUACGGUGGGGAAUCCAGCAGAAUUCUGGUUUUGGUAAAACAGGUGUGAGCCGUAGAGGAAGAGUUUUGCCUGGAAAGAGACGUCCUUAUGGAGUUAUCACUGGCCUUGCAGCUAGGAAAGCAACUGGAAUUCGAAAAGGAAUUAGUCCUAUGAAUCGUCCACCUCUAAGUGACAAGAAUAUAGAACGAUAUUUUCCAACCUUAAAAAGGAAAACAAGUCUUCUGAGACAAAAUGAAGUACAAAGGAAACCAGUUGCAGUUCUCAAGAGACCUAACCAGUUAAACAGAAAAAAUACCAUUCCAGCUAAUUUUACCAGGAGUGGAAAUAAACUAAGUCAUCAGAAAGAUACUCGUCAGGCAACUUUUCUUUUCAGAAGAGGCCUGAAGGUUCAGGCCCAGUUGAACACAGAACAGCUGCUAGAUGAUGUUGUAGCAAAGAGAACUCGUCAAUGGCGUACUUCCACCACAAAUGGAGGAAUUUUGACUGUAUCCAUUGACAACCCUGGAGCAGUACAGUGUCCAGUAGCUCAGAAACCACGAUUAACUCGUACUGCUGUACCCUCAUUCUUGACAAAAAGAGAGCAGUCCGAUGUUAAGAAAGUUCCUAAAGGUGUCCCUCUACAGUUUGAUAUAAAUAGUGUGGGAAAACAGACAGGGAUGACUUUGAAUGAACGAUUUGGGAUACUGAAAGAGCAAAGAGCCACUCUCACAUUCAACAAAGGAGGAAGCCGAUUUGUAACUGUGGGAUAGAUCCACGUCAAAGGAACUCUUAAGUGUUGACUGUUUGGAAAGUUGAAUUGCUUGAAGAGUUCAUCAGAGAAGUUCAAGAAACUUUACUUCAGAAUAUUCACAAGCCUAAAUAACUUUAUUUUUGAAGGUUUUUUUUUUAAAUGUAUAAAUAAUGCCCUGAAAGAAUAACGGGGAUAUACCUAUCUGUUCUUAAAGAUUUCAUGGUUGGCCCAAACAAAGCAAUUAUCUAUUGACUUCUUAGAUUCCUCGUGAAGCAGAAGGAAGACGGAAAGAUAGAAGUCGAUUAUUUUUAUGAGUGUGAUAUUUAGGAUCUCAUCACUUUUGUCCAGUUUUUAGACUUUGCCAUGGUUAAUCUUAAACUUCAGAAAUAAGAGUACACCCCUGUGUUGCUGUAACUUAUCACUGAUGUGCUGGGGUAAUAAACAGUCGCCUUUCUGUCA